AUGCCAGUCACUAGGGUUGAUGAUACUCAGUUUGGUUGUCGUCGUCUUCAUUUCUUUCGUAAUAAUGCUAGGAAAUUAUUUGUUGCUGUCAUCUCCGCACCGAAUUAUUUUCACAAGCGGGAUGUCAUCUGCCAAACGUGGGUAAAUCAUUUAUUGCAGCAAACAGACCAUGGCUCAAUCAAUCUGGUUGGAUUUGCCUUUGUGCUCGGAGUAACGAAAGACAUGGAAAUCCAAAAGCAGAUCGAAUCGGAAAAGGCCACGUACGGUGAUAUCCUCCAAAUUGAGAUGCAUGAUGAUUAUUACAAUUUGACGCUCAAGGUAGUCGGUCUUAUGAAUUGGAUGAAUAACAAUUGCUCUCCGUUGGAUUUCAUGUUAGAGGUAGACGUUGACGUGUACGUCAACGUUCAAAAUUUAUUAACAGUAUUGAAAACAGUCAACGCAUCCGAGCAAAGUAUGUACGGAUCUAUUUCCGACUACCCUCCACAAAGAGAUGGCACGUGGAACAUUAGUUAUGAAGACUGGCCUUUCCACUAUCCGGUUUAUUUCAAAGGAGCAGCUGUGCUAAUGCCGGGUAGCAUAAUCAGUUCGUUACUGGCCGCUUCGCAAACGACGCCGUAUUUCCCGUUUGAUGACAAGUACCUGACAGGACUAUAUAGUAGCAAAGCCGGAGUUAAGGUGCGCCUUUGUGACAGGUUCUUCGUCGGAGGUGCAUCAGAAAUGCCAGAGCCGUGUCACGUGCACACCUUUAUUACGUGGCUAACGGAUAGUGGGGAACACCUUAAAAGAUCUCACUCGGCCACUGAGAAUUUCUAUAAGAAUGCGACGCAGUGCGUCAUCGAACGACCUGCGGGCGUUAAUCAAACAGUGGACCCUUCUAAAAGUCAUGAUUUUUCCUUCUCAACAUGAACAAUCGAUUGUCUUGAAUAGCAAU